AUGACACAAGGAUCAGCAAAGUGUAUUGGUCGUGUAUUAGAAGAAAUUCAAGGAAAUCCUCCAGAACACAUUACCAACAUUAAACUUGUUGAUCAAUCGAACUUUCGUGUUUGGGAAGCAAUCGUUGAAGGUCCAACAGAUACUCCGUAUGAAGGUGGUAGAUUCAAAAUUUUGAUAGAAUUUCCUGCCGAAUUUCCCUUUAAACCACCCAUUGUUUCUUUUAAUCCGCCAGUGUAUCAUCCGAAUGUUCAUCAGCAGAGUGUUGAUAGUCAUAAGGAAGGUAGUGUUAGUUUAACAACGCAAGAAGCACAACAAUGGUCACCCGGAGCAGCUGUAGGCUCAUUUCUACCAGCGGUAUAUUCCCUCUUGAUGGCGCCAAAUCCAGAUGACAAUCCAGCAUUUCCAGAAGCCGCUGCUCUUUUUUUAAACAAUAGAGAAGAAUUUGACAGAAGAGCCAGACAGUGGACAAGAGAGCAUGCUCAAUAA